UACAUACUAUUUUUUCUACGAAAGUUCUCGAAUUUAAAGAUUUAGAGAAAAAUUUUAUAUCAAAAUGUUAAAACAACAAUUUCUGUAUAAAUCAAGUCGUAGUACGAUUCUCGUGUUUAUCUGUAAAAAUAUAAAAUCAAGUCUUCGUGACGCCGCUACGUUGUCUUAGUUACCAACGAGUUGUUUAUAAAAAAGCCGGUUAGUAAUUUUGCAUGUAGUUUUGUACGAAGCAAUUUCUUCAGUAAAACAAGAAUUUAAAAGCUGAAAAUGAGUGUUCAUGAAGAAAGUGAGAGCGGCGAUGAAUUUAUGUGCACUCCGCCUGAGGUUGCUGCAAUGGCGGAAUCAAUUAUGCCUGAGCUUUUGCCUGAAAAAUCGAGAAAUCGGUACGAAAAAGAACGAGAGAGGUUUUUUAAUUGGUGUAAAAUGAAACAAGUCAAGCGGUAUACAGAAACCAUGUUGCUUGCCUAUUUUGUCGAAAAAUCUGGAAAAUUGAAAUCAUCGACACUGUGGUCAAUGUAUUCCAUGUUGAAAAGUAUGUUGAUUUUGCAAGACAACGUCGACAUUUCCAAGUAUGCCAAGUUACAAUCGUUUUUGAAACGUAAAUCUGUUGGUCACAAGCCGAAAAAAUCGCUGACUUUUACGAGGCAACAAAUCAGUACGUUUUUAGAGGAAGCACCCGAUGAAACAUUUUUAAUGAUGAAAGUUGCUCUAAUAUUAGGAGUUGCUGGGGCUUGUCGUCGAGAGGAGUUGACGAAAAUGACGGUGAACGAUAUCCAAGGCGAAGAUACGUUUUUACUCGUAACGAUUCCAGACUCCAAAACGCAUGUUCCAAGAACUUUUUCUGUUACGGAGGGAAAAGAGAAUUGGAUACACUUGUACCAGAAAUAUAAAGCGCUUCGUCCUCAAAAUGCUCAAACUUCGCGACUUUUUUUAAAUUAUAAAAUGGGAAAAUGUACCGUACAACCUGUGGGUAUUAAUACAUUUGGAGCAAUUCCUAAGAAAAUUGCGAGUUACCUGAAAUUGCCAAAUGCUUCUAGUUUUACGGGUCAUUGUUUUCGGCGUACCUCCGCAACGCUACUUGCUAAUGCUGGAGCAGACCUUUUGAGUCUAAGGCCGGAUGUCCACCGCAUCGGAACGACCAAGAUCGGUGCGAUUUGAAUUCCCCGAUAAAGAUCGCGCGCGUGCGCUCCUAUUGAAGUCUGUCCACCGGCUCGUUUUUUGUCGGGACCGAUCGAAAUCGCAACCGACUAUUUUCGCCCGACCCGACGUUCUUGAACGAUCAUUUGUCGGCAGUCGUAUGUCAUAAUAAUCAAAAGUGCUGGUAAUCUUUUUUCUACCGUCACACAUCUUCUGUAAUUGGUGUCCCUUUUGGCAAUUAAUGACCGAGCAAUGUCAGCCAAAGGAAAAAACUACUCUUGGACAUACGAUACGUACAUUUAAAUUUGUGUUCAUGAUUCGCAAGUUCAUGGGCACAAAUGAAAGCACCUCUGUUUCUUUUAUUAGUUAUGUACCGAAGAAGCCAAUAACUGUGGCGGCGAAUUAUCUUUCGCCUGUGGUGCAAAAGCAUGACAACUGCUUCACUUGACAUUUUAUUUAAUGUUAACUGUCAACCCGAUAAAAAUCGUUCGAAAGGCGAUCUUCCUAUGGACAUGAAUUGCCAAUUUUAGUCGGCCCGAUCAAUCUGGAUACGACUACAGUUGGACCGAUCUUCGUCGCCCCGAUUCGGUGGACAUCCGGCCUUAAACGUCAUGGGGGCUGGCGGUCGUCGACGGUAGCGGAAGGAUACGUAGAUGGUUCUCUUCAAGGCAAAUUAGAAGUAUGUAACAAAAUAAUUGGUAAUGCUUGUCAAUCAAAUGAUCCUUGCACACCUUCGACAUGUCAACCAGAUGAUCCUUGCACAUCUUCGACAGCGUCCACAUCUACAUUAAUAACUUCUAAAUGCUCUGUGUCAAAUUCGUUACUUCCAGGUGUUAAUAUAAGUAACUGUUCAUCAUUUACCAUUAAUUUAAAUAUUACUAGCCAGAAGUAGCUGUAAUUGUAAAUUGUGGCAUUAAAAUAAAAAAAAGGUAUCUUUGUUUUUACUUAAGAGUGUGGAAAAUAAGUGUGGAAAAAUUUU